UCUUAAAUUUGAGCUUGUUUUUCAUAUCUUUACACAUUAAUUGAAUGUCUCAUGUCAUAGAUUACGAUUUCUCUGAUACACGCAAACAUACUUUCAACAAAUGUCAUGUAAAGAUUACAGAGACACCUGUCGCAGUCAAUGCAAGAGGAAAAACUAAAGCAGGAAGGAAGUCCCAGUCGAACCUACGAGGGCUGGCGCUCUGGGCUUUCUUGACCAGCAUCUUGCUGGUUCUGUACAGCUUAUCUAACCCAACCCAAGUGAAGAGUAGGUACUCCCAUGCACCCUCCUGUGCUCUGAGCAUGUCAAAAUCAUGGCAGAGGAAUCUGACUAUCCCAGAGGAGUGUUCCCCCAAGAUGAACAUCAUGUUUAUGAAGACCCACAAAACAGCCAGCAGCACGAUACUCAACAUCCUCUUCCGAUUUGGAGAAAAGCACAAGCUGAAGUUUGCCUUUCCUGAUGGCCGCAAUGACUUUUUCUACCCGUCACCCUUCCUGUGCUCCCAGGUGAAGGAUUACCAGCCUGGAGACUGUUUCAACAUCGUCUGCAACCACAUGCGCUUUGAUGCUCAAGAGGUAGCGAAGCUCCUGCCUCCAGAUGCCGUGUACAUAACCAUCCUACGUGACCCAGCGCAGCUCUUUGAGUCUUCCUUCCAUUAUUACCACCGCGCGGUUCCCCUCACAUGGAGGAUCAGUGGAGACAACAAGCUGGCAGAGUUUUUGCACAAUCCUCGGACCUUUUAUACCCCAGAGGCUUAUAAUUCCUUUUAUCUCAAAAACCUUCUCUUUUUUGACUUUGGUUUUGACAAUAACCUUGAGGCGGACGAUCCCCGUGUUAUGAGAGCUAUUCAGACACUGUCUCAACAGUUCCAUCUGGUUCUCAUAGCAGAAUAUUUUGAGGAGUCUCUUAUCCUGCUUAAGCACGUACUCUGCUGGACCAUGGAGGACCUGCUGUUUUUUAAGCUCAACGCUCGCAAGGGCUCCUCUGUGUCUCAUCUGACUCCAGAGCUGAGAGCUAAAGCCUUGGAGUGGAAUGGGGCUGACUGGAAACUCUAUCAGCAUUUUAAUUCUACUUUCUGGGCCAGGGUAGAGGCAUACGGAAAAAACAGAAUGAAACAAGAAGUAAAUGAGCUGCGGAGGAGAAAUGCUGAGAUGAAGGCCAUCUGUAUUGAGGGUGGGGGGGCAGUUGAAGCCAGGAUGAUUCAGGAUAGAACUCUGUUGCCCUGGCAGCCGGUUGGAGAAUCCUCUAUCCUGGGAUACAACAUGAGGUACGAUAUUGACCCAAAAUUCAGGACACUUUGUCGAAAAAUGCUCACACCUGAAAUCCAAUACUUAUCAGAGCUAGGGGUAAACCUGUGGCUUACAAGAUUAUGGGGCUGGUUAAAAGAUGCUAUUUACUAAAAAUGGAGGCUUACUAUUGAGUAUUUUGAGUUGUAAUCUUUUCUCAGUUUUACUGAAGUUAAAGGAACAUUUCUGAGUAAAUGCACACUCUAAUACUACAUUGUGUGUGUGGUUGUGUAUGCGUGUGCAUAAG